AUCCGGAAAUGAGGAGCGCGCGCAUAUGGGGUGAUCGUCAGCUGGGGCAGCUUCCGGGAGCUUACCGAACGGAGUCGGGAAGUGCAGCCCUUUCUCGCAUUCCCCUAAGCCAUUCCCGGUGUGAAAUUCCGAGCUAGCGGGAUGAAGGGAGGAGCCGCAAGUAAGAGCUGCCGCCGCCGCCGCCCGCCAAGCCUGGGAGCUUCCUUUCCCCGGGCUGGCUCUUGCCCGUUGCGGGGGCGGGAAGAUUGUUGGAGGUCAGAUCAAGGCAACAAUAUGGACUCACUGGAGGAGACUGGGGGUUCCUCAGCAGAGGAAGCUGCAAACUCCUCAACCGAGGAGAACUACUUUGUGAAUUACACUUUCACUGACCGUUCUCACUCAGGCCGCGUGGCCCAAGGAAUUAUGAAGCUGUGCCUGGAAGAUGAACUCUUUGCAGAUGUUACAAUCUCUGUAAAAGGCAAAGAAUUCCAACUGCAUCGGCUAGUCCUCUCGGCUCAGAGUUGCUUCUUUCGUUCUAUGUUCACUUCUAAUCUGAAGGAGGCACAUAACCGGGUGAUUGAGCUACAAGAUGUUAGUGAGAGUGUCUUUCAGCUUCUGGUGGAUUAUAUUUAUUAUGGAACUGUGAAGCUGAGGGCAGAAGAUUUGCAGGAGACUUAUGAGGUGGCAGAUAUGUACCAACUAACUGCCCUCUUUGAGGAGUGCUCUCGUUUCUUGACUCGAACAGUGCAAGUGGGGAACUGUUUGCAAAUUAUGUGGUUGGCUGAUCAGCACAGUGAUGUGGAGCUCUACACAGCUGCCAAGCAUUGCGCCAAAUCAUAUUUGUCACAACUUCAGGAAACAGAGGAGUUUCUGCACCUUCCUCUCCGUCUCCUGACAGAUAUUAUCUCAGAUGGGGUGCCAUGUUCUCAGAAUCCAAAAGCUGCCAUUGAAACCUGGAUCAACUUCAAUAAAGAAGAACGUGCAGGUUUUUCAGAGAUCCUGCAAUCAAGUUUAAAGGAAAUUGGCGAGAAUGUUCAUAUCUACUUGAUUGGAAAGGAGUCAUCACGUACCCAUUCUCUUGCUGUCUCUCUGCACUGUGCCGAGGAUGACUCCAUCACUGUCAGUGGUCAGAACAGCUUGUGCCACCAAAUCACCGCAGCCUGCAAGUAUGGCAGUGAUCUGUAUGUUGUUGGAGGAUCCAUUCCACGGCGCAUGUGGAAAUGCAAUAACACUACGAUAGACUGGGAAUGGUGUGCUGCCUUGCCUCGUGACAGGCUCCAGCAUACUCUUGUUUCCGUGCCCAGCAAGGAUGCAAUCUACUCACUGGGAGGAAAGACCCUGCAGGACAUUCUCUCUAAUGCAGUCCUGUACUACAGAGUAAGAGACAACAUAUGGACAGAAACUGGUCAGCUAGAAGUAGCAGUGUGCGGGGCUACAGGGGUAAAUUUCAAUGGAGUCCUUUAUUUGUUAGGUGGAGAGGAGAACGACGCUGACUUCUUUACCAAGCCCUCUCGGCUGAUCCAGUGCUAUGACACUAACACAGAGAAGUGCCAUGUGAAGCCCUAUGUGUUACCCUUUGCAGGGUGCAUGCAUGCAGCUUUGCACAAGGACCUGGUGUUCAUAGUAGCUGAGGGCAAUUCGCUACUGUGCUACAACCCUCUGCUGGAUAGCUUCACCCGGCUCUGUCUGCCAGAUGCCUGGAGUUCAGUACCAUCCUUCUGGAAAAUUGCCAGCUGUAAUGGUAACAUCUACAUCUUCCGGGAUCACUACAAAAAGGGAGAUGCCAAUACCUUCAAACUCAAUCCAGCCACUUCUGUAGUAACUGUCACCAGUGGCCUUAAAGUGCUGCUUACAAAUCUGCAGUUUGUGUUGGCCUGAUAGAAGAAAAGCUCAGCGCCAGACAAUGGAGACAUUCCAUUACCUUACUCCAACUCACCUAGACCCCAAAGCUCCAGCUUCCUCAAGACAGAUCACAGCACUUGGAAGUUCCCCCUUCUAGCUCCUGCUUACAAGCAGCAGUAGCCUCCUAACUGCACACCUGCUUAAUAAACAAUUAAUGGCACCCAGGCCCCAUCCUUAUCUGAAGUACUGCUAUCACUGUGGUCAUCUGCUGGUCAGCUUCUUGUGUCCCAAAGCUCUCCAGCUAAGAGGCUUUUUAGGUCUAGAUCAGAUACCACCAGCAGACCCUAUACAAAGUAGCUGAAUUCUUUCUACAGUCUCCUAGAGCUUUCAUGUUGCAGGUUGAGAGUAAAUGCAGCUAUCCAUCAAGAUAUAAACCAGGGCUGCACAACUUCAGCCUUUCUGCCGAUAUUAAACUACAACUCUCAUCAUGCCUGACAACUGGCCUCUGUGGCUGGGAAUGAUACAUGUUGUAGUCCUGCAACGGCUGGAGGACUGAAGUUGUGCAGCCCUGAUAUACAUAUUCCUCAGAGUUGCAACUAUCAGAUGAGUGUGAAGGUUCCCUCCCUCAUUAGAGCUGCAGGAGACAACUCCUUAGGUAGAGGUACUGAACUUAAAUCUACUUGCAGUUGACUUGGCCCCACAGUAGGGUCUUCUGUGCUGAUACUGGAGGACUCAUUCUCUUACUGUGACGUACAAAAAAGGGGAAAUAGUAUCAAAACUACUUGUUGAUGCUGUGAGCCCUUUGGAUCAAGUUUAAAUAAAGGCCUCUCCUAGGACAACACUGUGGCUUCAUCACUGCUUGUCUGAGAAGUGAGCACUGAAGAGUAGUUCAUAGAUCUGCUGCAAAGUGAGCAAGAUACAGCAACAAUAGAUACAGGUAGCAGGAGAGGCAAAAUAUGCUCACUUAUCACUUACAGUGAUUAUAACUUCUUUGUUCAAAUGUUGCGGAAAACUUAUUUAUUGGUGGCCAAGAUGACCAAGGUGUCUGUUCCAACACAACCACACAUUAGGAGCCAGGUGUUUUCAGUGUGGCAUCCUGCUUGGCCUCCAGCGGCUUUUGUUCUUGCUGAGUCUCUUGUGGCUUUUGCUGUCUAGCUGGCAGAUUGUGCUGUGCCUCCACAGGAACUGCAACACUUAAACUUCUGUGAAAGUCCUCAAGCAACUGUACCUGUUUUUGGCGGAUGAUGAUAUGAGGACGGAUCUUAACAAUAGCUUCGAUUGCCUCUUGAGGGGUCCACUGGUGCAGCUACAAAAGUUUUAAAAAAAACAAAACCCUAUACAUGAAAGAUCAAGUUACUGGGGUAGGAACUAACGAGCUUAAUAAUACAACAGGAAAAGGAAAUUCAUCAAUAACACCCUUUCACUUAAGUGAAUCCCAAUUGAUCCUUGCCAUCUGUGACAGUCUUUCAACUGAAAUCUGAGAUCUGAUUCCAGCAGAGUACUCAACAGCUGUUUAAUUGAAUAGCUCUUCUUUUGCUCCUGCAAGGGGAAGGAUGGCUUCUGUACUGCUUGUCGUUCACUUCUCAAAGCAAAAUGGAUUCUGUUUGGACCAUGUGUUCUGACACAAUCCAAAUAUCACAAGAUGGCAAAUGGAUACAGGCCCUGGCCAAGUUUCAAAACUUUGAGUUAGAUUAGAAGCUGCUAAAGAAAAAUGCACUGUUAGCCCAUCCAGUGCAUUAGGGGAGACUUUUCUACACACUUCCUAACCUACAAGAAGCUUAAAAGUGCAGGGAUUUUCAAUUCAUUCACAUUUGCCUGUCACCUUUAAUACCAAAGAAGAAGUGCCACUCAAGUCUGUCCCAAUCACAAAGCAUCUGGUAAAGUUAAUCAUUUCCUCUCUCAAUGACUACUAAAAUAAUGCUCAUAGCCUCCUCAACAUAGCCUAUAAAAUAGGAUUUUGUUCCUUUAUGUCCAGUGUUGGGAGAAGUAUAGCUUUCUCAGGAAGAUUUUCACAUAUUGUCCUUGAUCAGAAGCAGCUACUGAUAGCAGAGUUGUCACUAAUUAAACUUCAGCUAUAACCAUUUCUGUAAACUGGACUUGCAGAAGGGAGGCAGAGAGAAUGUGGAGGCAGCCAACCAUCCCCUGAACUUCUUUAUUUGCAGAAUUGCUCUAAACAUACGAUAAUAUGAACAUUACAAUUAUAUUUAUCUAUAAAAGUAAGCAUGCUACUAGCAGUGAGCUCUCCUGCCAACACCA